GAUUUCUACCGGCGACGCGUUCUAAUCGGUGCUCUACGGCGUCUCGUGGCGCCAGCGUUGUCCGGACGCCAAAGAGCAGCAUUCAGUGAUAAAUUGCCAUUGCGAGCCUCGUACGCGACGCAAACUUAUCACUGGACAGCGCACGUUGCGGCAUAGCACCGCCGGACAUCCCGGCACGCGCCCUGCAAGCAAGCUCGGUUGAAAAAGGCUCUCCUGGCGUGAACAACGCGUUGCUGUGCAGAGCAGUGCAAAACGCAUAAAUACUCGUAGAGUUACAAACGCGUGCCGUGAACGAGCGCAGCGCAUCGCAGCCAUGCCCAAGCAAAAGCGGGCCGACAAGCUCAAACACAAGGGCGACAAGCGCCGGAAGACGGACAACCUCGAGGUCGUUUUGAGGGAGGACCUAGCACAAUCAUCAGGAAUCGUGCAGCCGAAGCCGCCGCGCGCGCCGAAGCAACGAAGUCGAGCGGACUCAGACGACGAGCUCGACCCUGAACAACAAAAAAAGAUCGAGACCAUGGCGCGGGCCCAGGCCUCGGAUGAAUUACAAAGAGAGGUGCAAAUCAUGAGAGACGACUCGUCCAGUGACGACGAAAGUGAAGACGAUUUAGGACUAGACGACGACGGCGAGGAUAUAGAUGGUCUAGAUUUCGGCGCGGAGGCGCUGUCGCCCUCACAAAGUGCAUUAGUAGACUCCUUCCUGAACCCGGGCGGGCGGACGCGAACGCUGGCGGACCUGAUCAUGGAGAAGAUCGCCGAGAAGGAGGCCGCGCAGCACGGCGACGACGAUGAGGACGAUGAUGAUCAAUUGCCAGACAAAGUAGUAGAAGCUUAUACCGGCAUGGUGCCCUUGCUGCGGCGAUAUAGGUGUGGCAAAUUACCGAAGGCCUUCAAGGUCAUCCCGGCCUUAGAGAGGUGGGAGGAGAUCCUCUGGAUGACCCGUCCAGAUGAAUGGAGCCCGCACUGCGUGCACGCCGCGACUCGGGUCUUCGCUUCGAAUUUAGACCCGAAACGGGCUCGUACCUUCUACGGGGACGUGUUGCUGGAAAGGUGUCGGGACGACAUCCGAGAGCACCGUCGUCUCAACUACCACUUGUAUCAGGCGCUGCACCGCGCGUUGUUCAAACCGGCGCCCUGGUUCAAAGGGGUUUUGCUACCUUUAGUGAAGAGUGGCGACUGCACUUUAAGGGAGGCGUUGGUGUUUGGGUCGGUACUGGCCAAGGCCAGUGUCCCCCAGGCGCACGCGGCCGUGGUCAUAAUGAAAUUGGCGGAGCUGCCCUACUCGGGCGCGCAGUCGGUGUUUCUGAUAGUGUUAUUGAAUAAGAAGUACGCGCUGCCCGUGCGCGUCGUGAGCGCCGUCGCGCGCUGUGUGGAAACCAAAUUUCGGGCGCCCCACGCCAUCGACGCGAUGUUGUCUCCGUAGCUGCAUCUGCUCGAUGGCGUGGACCUAACUCACUGGUUGAUUACCACACAGGUCGCGAAGGCGUUCCUGGCGCACGCCGACGACUCGUCCGAGCGGCCGGUGUUGUGGCACCAAUCUCUACUAGUGUUCGUGCAGAGAUAUAGGGGCGACCUGUCGGACGACCUCUCGGGCCGGAUCCUGAAAUUGCUCAAAACGCACCGCCACCACACGAUCACGCACGACAUCCGGCGGGAGUUGACGGCGGGCCACCGGCAGCGGGCGGCCGCGGCGGCGGCGGCGCGGUAGGCGUCGUCUAAGAUUGACCAACUCCUCCAUUGCGUCACAUACGCGGCGGCGACGGCGUCGAGGGCUCUUGCGUUUAGGAAAGCCUGCUAG